AUGGCCUCCGUUCUUGCUGUUGGUCUUGGUGUCGGUGUCGCUGCCUUCCUGGGCCGCGCCGGACUGGUCGCCUACCGCCGCUCCAAGGGCGGUAUGAACGCUGCUGGAAAGGCUUUCUACAAAGGUGGAUUUGAGCCUCGCAUGAAUCGCCGCGAAGCUUCAUUGAUCCUCCAGCUUCCUGAACGCACUCUAAACAAGGACAAGGUCCGCCAGAAGCACCGUCAGCUUAUGCUGGCUAACCACCCCGAUCGCGGUGGCAGCCCAUACUUGGCCACCAAGAUUAACGAGGCCAAGGAGUUCCUCGACAAGCACACUUAA